AUGGCCGUGCCGGAGACGACGCUCAACUGGCUGUACAGCGUCUUGACCAGCAACUACGCCGACGUCAAUCGCACCUACCACGAUGCCACCGAGGCGCUCGCCCAAUACCCGUCGCUCGCAGUGCGCACCGACGUCUACACGUACGAGAAUGGCGCCUCGCACCUCCUGCUCAACCUCAGCGGCACCCUGCCCGUCACCUUUCGCGGCGCCACCUACGGCUUCCCCGUCGCCGUCUGGCUGCCCUACGCCUAUCCGCGCGAGUCGCCCAUUGUGUACGUCAAGCCCGACAAGGACAUGCUGGUGCGCCCUGGUCAGCACGUGAGCGGCGACGGACGCGUCUACCACCCCUACCUCGCCCAGUGGGCCAAGUAUUGGGACAAGUCGACGCUGUUCAACUUCCUGGCCCUCCUGCGCGCCGUCUUUGCCAAGGAGCCCCCCGUCCGCUCGAGGCAGCCCCAGCCCCAGCCCCAGCCCCAGUACACGCUGAACAAUGCGCCCACCCAAGCAGGCCCUCCAUCGCUUCCUCCACCACCCGCAGAGUACCGCCGCUCGAUGCUGGCCACACCACGUCUGUCACCUUCGCCACCACCUUCGCAUGGCCCGCCAGCGCCACCCCCAAAGCCCCCGAAGCCACACGAGCAGAACAGACCAACUCCCCAACCCCAACACGACCGAUACGCGCAGCCUCCCCCACUGCCACCCCAUCCACCGCAACACCAACCCCAGCCGAACAGCCACGGUGCGCCGCCCUACUGGCAACAGCCAGGCCCCACACAAGCGCAGAGCACUCCACAGCGACAGAGGAGCUACGACUUCACACCAGCAACACCCGUGUCGAGUCGCCCACGACCCCAGGCACAGGCACAGGCACAGGCACAGGCACAGGCACAGGCACAGGCACAGACCCUCCAGUCCGGACCAUAUGGACUCGGGGGCCCCGUUGGUCCUAUCGCGCCUCAGCGCCAGCGACAAGCACCCAGCUAUCCAGCCCACGUGCAUUCAGAGCAACCCCUCGCACAUGGCGUACCGGCGCAGCAGUACCCAGGUCAACAUGGCCCACCUCAACAGCACGGUCAGCCACAGCCACAGCCACAGCCACAGCAGUACCGACAACCUACUCAGCAAUACCCGCCUCAGCUCCAGCAACACCAGCCAUACCAGCAGUUCCAACCGCCGCCCACACAAGCGCCACCGCCAACAAAGGCCGCGCCUGUCAAUCUCCUAGACGAUUCGCUUCAAGUCACCCUGCCUUCGCAACAGGGCAAUCAAACAUCCCUUCCCCUCCCUCCCGUGCCCCCAAACCCACAAAAGGACGCACUCCUUACAGCACUGAGCCAAGCUCUUGUCUCGCAGACCCGCCAGAUAGUAGCUUCGAAUCAGGCUGCAGUGGCGCCUCUUCGCGCACAGCAGCAAGCACUCCAGACUGCGUAUUCCCGACUGCAAGCCGAGCUGGGUGAAUUGCACCAGCUAGACGCUGCACUCGCUUCUAACGAACAGAUCCUGAAGGGGGCCAUGGUCGAAGCGGAUCGCGCAAUGGACGACGCGCGGCGGAGACACGCACCAGAUGUCGACGACGUUCUCGUAGCGCCUACCGUCGUAGGCCAGCAAUUGUACACACUCGCGGCCGAAGAGAGGGGCAUCGCUGACGCUCUGUUCGUCUUGGGCAGAGCUCUUGAUAGGGGACGAAUCACUGCAGAUGUCUUCGUCAAGCAAACGCGAAGUCUAGCCCGGGAGCAGUUCUUGAAGAAGGCGCUUAUCAAGAAGAUUGCAAAGGGGAUGGCGCUGGACGAAUACCAGAUGCGGUGA